AUGAACCAUCAUCUGACAGAGCAGCAGGAGGACUUUGCUAGCAAGACAGCUCAGUACCAGCAGGAGAUGAGGCACCUCCAUCGGAUGCUCCUGGACAAGCAGGAUGUCCUGGACAAGGCGCUGCAGCAGAAAAGAGAAGUGGAAGGUGAGCUGGAAGUUGUGUGGGAGUCCACGUCCAAGGAAAACCGGAGGAUCCGAGAACUUCUCCAGGCCACGCUGGAGAGGACAGACCCCUGGGAGAACACCAGAGCUUCCGAGGACCGCUGCCUGGAUGUUAUCUCUCAGCAAGACGUGCUGGAUGCUGUGACAUGAAGCCACCGCCUACCACUCUCCAGGGCCUGCGGGAGCCCCCCGGGCAAGGGCCCCUGGGGGAGGGCUCCGCCUUACCCAGGACAGGGAGGGGUGGAGGGAGGGCAGAUCCCACCCAGAUCCCACCCACCCCCGCAGGUCUCUUGAGAAGAAAUAAAUGGUCUCAGAAAUUUAACCCAGGUUUUUACAUUUUUCUCUAUUUUAAAAUUGUGCUGCUGAGCUAUAUUUAGCCAGUACACACCCUCUGACCAUAUUGCCACUGAGCUGGACUCCACUGCCCCGCUGAGACCCACUGCUCAGGCUCACAGGUGACCUGGCAAAGCUGGCUGGCCUCCAGGGGAAGGGCAGGCAGGCCCAGCGCUCAGCCUGCCCUCAAUGAGUCAGUUUAAUUGGCUGAGCCUUGGAUGGAAGCAGCAGCAAUGAGACCUGUGCAUUCACGCUGGGUGGUAUUUUAUUAUUUGGUAAAAACAGGG